AUGACCUUAUCUUCUGCUCAUUUUACCUACCUAUUCACAAUACUGUUGGGAUUAACCAAUAUUGCGUUAGCAUCCAACCCAGAGACAAUUUUAGUGACGGUGACGAAGACAAACAAUGUAAAUGGGGCUCUUACUACCACAGUGUCGCCAGCGUUAGUCUCCACAUCCACCAUUGUUCAAGCUGACACCACCACCCUAUACACGACUUGGUGUCCAUUAACUUUGUCCGCUACUUCUGCAAUUACAGCAUCCCCUUCAAUAUCGUACGCUGCAACGUUAUCCAAGUUUAGUACGUUGACGCUAUCUACUGAAGUAUGCUCACAUCAGGUAUGCACUUUAUCGUCGACGCUACCAACUACUACCUUAUCUGUCACUUCUGAGUUCACCUCAUAUGUUUGCCCCUCUUGUCACUCAAUCUCUAUCAGCUCAACACCCAAGAUAAAAACUACAACUGCAACGCCAUCAAGCGUGGUUGCAUCGUCAACAAGUACCUCCACAACCUCAUCUGCUAUUUUAGCUUCUUCAAGUAUGCACACAACGUCCAGUUCAACUAUGAUCUCGACUUCUACCUCUCCAAGCUCUACGUCGACCUCUACUUCGACCUCUCCAAGCUCGACUUCGACCUCUACAAGCUCUACUUCUACCUCUCCAAGCUCGACUUCGAUCUCUACAAGCUCUACUUCUACCUCUCCAAGCUCGACUUCGACCUCUACAAGCUCGACUUCGACUUCGACUUCGACUUCGACUACUUCUACCUCUCCAAGCUCUACUUCGACUACUUCAAUUUCUACGUCGACCUCUACUUCGACCUCUCCAAGCUCCACUUCGACCACUUCGACCUCUACAAGCUCUACUUCUACUUCCCCAAGCUCAAUUUUAGUCUCCAUUAGCUCCACCUCUAUUGAUGAAACCUACUCAUCAGUCUCGUCUGUAGUGCCAUCAUCGAAGUCUGCGCCAUCAUAUACUCCAUCCACACAUGUUUCCUCCGUCCUUUCGACUUCGUCACAUAUUAUGGUUACUUCUACCACAUCUUCUGCUGUUGAAACAACUACCGGGUCCCAAAGCUCAUCCAAGAUUACUAGUCAAUUCACAACUUCUUCCAAAGUUCCAUCGUUUUCCGUGUCUACAUACUUUACGACUGUUAGUGGCGUCACCACAAUGUAUACGACAUGGUGCCCUUAUACCUCAGGAACAGAGACUACCACACUAAUCAAGACGCAUGACAGAACUGUUAUUGACACUAGCACUUGUAUUGACGAGUCUUGCACGACCUCUCAAACUAAAAAUAUCGUAUCACCCUCUUUAAUCACGUCCACAACGAGCGUCGCAACUUCUGUAGUUACUGCUACUGUUUCUUCAUUAUAUGCAUGCUCCACGUGUACUGAAGCAUCGAGUUCAUACAUUUCAAUACAAUCAACUUCAGCAAAUUCGGUAACACAAGAAACUACAUCCGCACAAAAUAAUUCAGGGCCAACAGCAGCUUCAGGAAAAGAUUUUAAUAAGCAUGCUACCGGUAAAAAUUAUCUAACUUCUUCAGAUGCAUCUACCACAAGCGAAAUAACUGCUACAUCAAGCAUUACGUCAACCUCUCAAGAACAAUUAUCAUCCUCAUUACCUUCAUCUAUUAGGUCGUCGCCAAAAUACAUUCCAUCAUCUUUGUCAUCAUCCACAUUUCCCUCAACAUUUCUUUCAUUGACUUCCUCUUUUGCACCUACAUCAUCUAUCGUCAGUCCCGUAUUUCUAUCUAGUUCUGUACCAUCAUCAAGUGUCGCGCUGUUGCCAGUUACCACGCUAUCACCACUCAUCGCCACACCAUCUACCACUGUGGCAUCGACUACUAAAUCUUUACUGACUUCCACAGUAUCCUCCCUUUCGUCUUCAUCGACAUCUAUUCCUUCUUCGUUACAAACUUCUGUCACUGUAACACGAACAUCUUCCAGUUCAAUUUCUAUGCAGUACCAAACUUCGUCAAUCGUAACGGUUAGCCAAUACAUGGGCAAUGGAUCGCAACUCCAUUUGCCUCUAGGUGAGUUAUUCUUUGCUAUCGUGGCAGUUGUUUUCAGUGCAAUUUUUUAA